CCUCAAACUGAUGAUGUGUCGUGAAGAAGGCUGUCACUUCCGCGUCGGAGUUGUGUUCAGUUGUGAUUGGAAGUUAAUGGACAGGGGCUCUUGUCUGGUGCCUGCACCUUUGAAACAUUCUGACAAGCUUGUAUUUUCUUGUUUAUCCUUGGAAGUCUGAGGACCGACGACGAGACACGGAAGCAAAGCCAGGAGAGAGCUAGCUAGCUUUGUAAGCUAGCCACUGUGACCGGUGGUCUGUCAGUGGCUGCAGGGUAACUCAUUGGAAAUGGAUUUCCUCUGUGAAAUAGUUCAAGGUUUGGUGGCGUUGGCAGCUCUUGGUUUCAUUGUGGUGGUCGUAAUAGCACACGUCACUGCCGGGAUGGUGAACCUGACACGCCACGAGAAGGAGAAGUACUUCCUCACCGCCACAGGAGAGAAGCAGCUCUUCCCCAGCCUGCACGACCCUCACUCCAGGGAGCUCUCCGUGGUGAUCCCGGCUUACAACGAGGAGCUCCGAAUGCCAGUGAUGUUGGAUGAAGCAAUGGAGUACUUGGAAAACAGACAGAAACAGCAUCCUUCUUUUACCUAUGAGGUCAUUGUGGUUGACGAUGGCAGCAAAGACAAAACCACGGAGGUUGCUAUGCGGUACAGUAGGAAGUACGGUGCAGACAAAUUCCGGGUCCUAACGCUAGUGAGGAACAGAGGGAAAGGAGGAGCUGUGCGGAUGGGAACUAUGAGCUCCAGAGGGAGAGUCAUCCUGAUGGCGGAUGCCGAUGGAGCCACAAAGUUUGCUGAUAUUGACAAAGUGGAGGCUGGACUCAAUGACCUCAACCCUAAACCGGAGAACAUGGCGAUCUCCUGUGGUUCCAGAGCUCACCUGGAGCAAGAGUCUGUAGCUCAGCGAUCAAUGUUUCGCACAUUCCUCAUGUAUGGCUUUCACUUCCUGGUGUGGUUCUUUUGCGUGAGAGGGAUCAAGGACACGCAGUGUGGCUUCAAGCUUUUCACACGCGAGGCUGCGCUAAAGACCUUCUCCUCUCUGCACGUAGAGCGAUGGGCCUUUGAUGUGGAGCUCCUGUAUAUCGCCCAGUGUUUUAAAAUCCCCAUAGCAGAGGUGGCGGUCAACUGGACUGAAAUAGAAGGGUCCAAGCUGGUCCCGUUCUGGAGCUGGCUGCAGAUGGGACGAGACCUGGUUUUCAUUCGCCUGCGUUACUUCACAGGAGCCUGGAGGUUGCGGUCAUCAAACAAGACUGACUAGCCAAUCAGACGAGCCCUGGAAUCAUAGCGACGGCCUAUGAUUGGGCGGUCAAACCUCUGGAUGAGGUGGGAUUAAACAACCGUGUCUGAAUCACUCACUGUAAUCAACAACAGAGUUCAGUAUCUCACAUCCUUCUCCGAUCCAGACGUGGCUGGAUGUGAAGUGAUGGCACAGUUGACAGUUCUCCACAGUCCUGCCUUGUUUUUUUUUUUUUUAGAAUUCAGAUUUCGGCUUGCGAUGGCCAACGUUACACGCACACUUCUGUUGCCUUGGCUUACAGAACGUCUGUAGGAAUGAUCCGUGUACUGACUUACUUAGUGUUUAUUUUGAGCCAAUCAGCUGUAAGCGAGAAAGACGUAGUAGUGAAAUGAGGAGGAUCUCAGAAUCUGUGUCAUGAUUCUGACCGGUAGAGUGAAUGUUGGUGUGUGAGAUUUCCAAAAGGGAGGGAUUGUUUUUUUUUUUUGAGGAGGAAACGGCCAUGGGUCGAUCGGCUGGAUGACUUGAACCAAAAUAAAUAAAUAAAUAAAAAAUGCAAAUGAUUUAUGAUUUUACCAUUUUUAAUGACCAACUAAUGUAAGGACCAAAAAGAUGAAAACAAAGGGGUAGUUUGAUGUGGAGAAGUGGAGCUGGAUCAUGAGUUGAUGUUGUUGGAGUUGAUGUUAUUUUUGAUUUACCACCACUGCUGAUAAAAGUACAUCUGACGGGAAAUGUUCAUGGAUAAGGUAAUGUAAUCAAGUUUUAUUCCUGUUAUGUUUAGUCGAGUUCUCCAACUGUUCCCCUCUCCAUCUAACAAAUCAUCUGGGAAAAAAAAGGGACAGGUGGACAAGUUAACAGGUCAACGGCAAACUUAAAUAUCGGUUUUCAGAGCAGAAGAUAACUGAUAAAGACAGAGAAAACUUUAAAACAAUUAGGUGAAGGGCACACAUUGCAAAAAUGUAACCAUAGAAAAUCAAGAAAAACAAAACAAGUUGGUUUUUAAAUGGAAACAUGCAUGUAAGCACACUACUCAACAAAAUGUAUAACAAAGGACUUGUACUUUUUUUUUUCCUACAAAAAGGUCAUAUUGUUGAUUCAACUUUUCAAAACCUUUUUUGUAAAAAUAAAUGUUUUUUUGUCAGACAAAACAAGA